GUAAAAUUUCUGGGCAUAAUUUUUGACUCAAAAUUAACUUUUAAAUCUCACAUUAACUAUCUGCGACAAAAUUGUGAAAGGAAAUUAAACAUACUCAAGGUUUUAACGAACUGCUCUUGGGGGGCAGAUACCAAAUCUAUGAUUAAAAUUUAUCGCAGUAUCAUUCGCUCUAAAAUUGACUAUGGAUCUAUUAUAUAUGGAUCUGCUAGAAAAUCUGUUUUAAGAUACCUAGACACAGUACACCACGAAGGAAUUCGCAUUGCUACAGGGUCUUUUCGUACCUCUCCAAUUCAAAGCUUGCUAGCUUUAUAUCAUGAACCAUCCCUCAUUAUACGCCGAGCAAAACUUGCCCUAAAUUAUUAUUUUCAUAUCAAGAGUCACCCUAAUCAUCCCAUGUUUCCUAAGAUUUUAACGCCAGACUACGAAACUCUUUUUAACCAUAGACCAUCCUGCGUUCCAACUUUUGGACUUAGGAUGAAAAAACUUUUAUCAGAUUUUACCAUUGAGGAUUUUGAUAUUUUACCAGUAUGUAAACCGCAUCCUCCCUGGAUUGGUAUAAAUUUUCCUUUCAUCGACAUUUUUAAAGGAAAUACUAAAGAACACACAUCAUCCAUUAUUUAUCAACAAAUUUUUAAUUACCACCGAGAGCAAUACGCAGAUUUUAAUCCGGUCUUUACUGAUGGCUCAAAAACUAAUGGUCACACAGCAUCAGCUGUUGUGGCCAAUGGAUCCACUGUUUCAGAAAAACUUCCCCCGUCCUGUUCAGUAUUUACAAGUGAGGCACACGCAAUAUUCUUGGCUUUACAGUUUAUUUCAUCUCAACCAUUAAAGAAAUGGUAUAUAUAUAGCGAUUCGAAAAGCUGUAUUGAAGCAUUGUUAAACUGUAAUCAUAAACCUCAUUCUAUUAUAAAUUGUAUUUUUAAUCUCUACAACACUUUAAAACUUUCUGGGUACAAAAUAAUUUUUUCAUGGAUACCUGGACAUACUGGCAUUCUAGGAAAUGAAGUAGCAGAUAGGGCAGCAAAAUCAACAAAUAACCUAACUAAUCACAAAUCAACGUUAUCAGAUGUUAAAAAUAUUAUCAAAUGUACCUUGUAUUCAGAAUGGCAAAAAAACUGGAAUAAUGAGACAAACAAUAAACUACAUAGUAUCUAUUCUAACCUACAACCUUAUACACAUCCUAAUCUACUUCGAAAGCUAGAAGUUGUUUUAAGCCGUUUACGUAUCGGUCAUACUCGCAGACAUCUUCUACUAAAUGAGCCUGCUCCAGAGUGUUCCCAUUGUAAGGAACCGCUCACUAUGAAACACAUUUUAACCAAAUGUAGCAAAUUUAAAAUUCAGAGACAAUGCCAAUUCGGUUGCUUUAAUCCCUCAUUGAUUUUAUUAAUUGGUAACAGUCCCCACGACAACAUUUUCUCAUGCCUCAAAGCCAUUGGUUUUGAUACAUCAAUAUAGAUAUUCAAUAAAAAA